CGACGACGUUUGUUAUAUGUACUGUUUGGUUAAACAGCAGUCAGCACUGAAAUCAGGGAGCUACCUUGGAGGAGAAAAAUGGAGGACGGGGAGAUAGAAGAAGAGGGAAUGGUAGUGGAAGAAAGAAAGCAGGUGGCGCCACCGCCUAAGAUGGAGAAAUCUCCAUACGGCAUGCUGAAGGAGAGCAAGACGUCUGUGGAAGAGAUCGUCGCUAAGAUUCUCGCCAUCAAGAAGGAAAACAAGCCGAAAUCUGAGCUCAGAGAACUCGUCACCCAAACUUUCCUUCACUUCGUCACUCUCCGUCAGGCAAAUCGUACCAUAUUGCUGGAGGAAGAUAGAGUGAAAGCCGAGACAGAAAAGGCGAAGGCGCCGGUGGAUUUCACGACGCUGCAAUUUCACAAUUUGAUGUAUGAGAAGAGUCACUAUGUGAAAGCUAUAAAGGCUUGUAAGGACUUCAAGUCAAAAUAUCCCGAUAUCGAGCUUGUGCCGGAGGAAGAAUUUUUUCGAGAUGCACCUGAAGAUAUUAAAGAAUCACAUUUGUCUAAUGACAGUUCUCAUGAUCUGAUGCUGAAAAGGCUCAAUUAUGAGCUAUUCCAGCGCAAAGAACUAUGCCAACAUCUUGAGAAGCUGGAACAACGUAAGAAAGGUCUUCUGGAGACAAUAGCAAAUAGGAGGAAGUUCCUGUCAAGUCUGCCCUCACACCUUAAAUCUCUUAAGAAAGCAUCAUUACCAGUGCAGCACCAAUUAGGAAUUCAGCAUACUAAAAAACUGAAGCAACAUCAUUCAGCUGAGCUGCUACCACCUCCACUGUACGUGAUUUAUUCCCAGUUUCUGGCUCAGAAGGAAGCAUUUGGAGAAGAAAUUGAUCUGGAGAUUGUAGGAAGUGUGAAAGAUGCUCAAGCUUUUGCUCGCCAGCAAGCAAAUAAGGACAAUGGCUUAUCCACCAAUGUAAAUGUGGAGAACUCAAGGUUGGAGGAUGAUGCACCUGAUGAGGAAGAUGAUGGACAGAGAAGGAGGAAAAGGCCAAAGAAGGUUCCAAGCAAGGACAGUCUUGACCCGAUGGGAUUAUAUCAAGUUCACCCCCUGAAAAUCACUCUCCAUAUAUAUGAUGAUGAGGUCUCUGAUCCCAAAACUGCAAAACUCAUCAGUCUGAAGUUUGAGUACAUGGUAAAGUUGAAUGUUGUCUGUGUUGGAAUUGAAGGGUUGAAUGAAGGGCCUGAGAAUAGUAUCCUGUGCAACUUAUUUCCAGAUGACACUGGCCUUGAUCUUCCUCACCAGUCAGCCAAGCUCUUUAUUGGUGACUCCUUGGUGUUUGAUGAAAGGAGAACUUCGCGCCCAUAUAAGUGGGCCCAACAUUUGGCAGGAAUUGAUUUCUUGCCAGAGGUCUCACCAUUGCUUACCAGCCAUGAAACUCAAAUCAGUGAAACCAAAAACGACUCUGUUAUUUCUGGUCUUGCACUGUACCGCCAGCAGAAUCGGGUGCAUACAGUGGUGGAAAGAAUCCGCUCACGGAGAAAAGCUCAGCUGGCUCUUGUGGAACAGCUUGAUUCACUUAUGAAGCUUAAAUGGCCUUCUCUGAAUUGCAAAAGUGUUCCAUGGGCUUUCCAUACCCCUUUAUGCAAUUUGCACAGUUGGUCACCUAUAGGACCCAAUACUAAUCAGGCUUCUUGUCAGCCUGUAACUGACAAAGAGCGACUUCAGGAACCUAUGGACGUUGAUAUGGAUGGAAGGGCAGGUACUUCAAAGGAAGAGUUGGAGACUGCAAGAGAAGAUGGGGAACUUCCAGCUUUAAUUCCAGCUGCAUCUGUCAUGAAAGAUGCUAAACUUACAACUCCGAACAGGUCUAACCUUAGCCACUCCAAGCAGCUGGCUUUGAUUUCAAAGAGCAUUGUUUCUCCACUCAAUUUGGGAAAAUCACAAAGUUUCAGAAAACAUGAUGAUGAUUCAGAUCUCAUGCUGGAGACUGAUAGUGAUUUGGAUGAGCCUGCAGAAAUUGAGGCAGACACAGAACACUAUGAGAUAGCUGAAAAAUCAUGGGCAGACUAUGGGGUCAGAGAAUUCUGUCUUGUCUUAACAAGGAAAGUAGAUGCAAAUGAGAGGAAUGUGAAAUUAGAAACCCAGGUUCAGAUCAGCAUGGAGUAUCCUCUUAGGCCUCCUCUUUUUAAAGUGAAUCUUUAUUCUUCUCCUGGAGAAAUUUCUUCUGGGAACGAGAGCCCUGAUUGGCACAAUGAAGUUCAUGCUAUUGAGGCAGAGGUCAAUCUUCACAUGUUAAAGAUGGUUCCCCCAGACCAAGAGAACUAUGUCUUAUCUAACCAAGUGUAUUGUCUAGCAAUGUUGUUUGACUAUCUGAUUGAUGAGGCGUCUCCAUCAUCUGAAAAGAGCAAAGGUAGUUCUGUAAUUGAUGUCGGCUUGUGCAAACCUGUUAGCGGUAGGCUCCUUUCCAGAUCAUUUAGGGGCAGGGAUCGUAGGAAAAUGUUAUCCUGGAAGGACAUGGAGUGCACUGAAGGCUACCCUUUUUAGUCCAGUUUCUGAAUCUUGAUCAGGGUACUGCUGCCAGACAAGUCUGUUUUCCAUGAUAGCAACUGCGCCCUCUGGAAUGCAAGGGCCUUGAUUUCCCUUCACAGAUCAGUUUAAUAGCGCGUUUCCUUUCAUUUUACUUUAACUAUCGGAAAUGGAAUUCCAUAAAACCAUGGCUUUCCAAAUUCUCACUGGUUCUCAACUCUCAAGUGAAUUUUACAGUGGUUUUGUUACGUGGGCAUAUUUAAUAUGCAUUUUAUUAACAAAUUUACUCGUGGGUU